CGGUACUGUAAACCCAGUUCCACGUUUGCCUUGUCUUCGAAAUUCGUUUCAAGCAUUGUUUUUGGUUCUCAUCUUCGAACAAAAAAUGUAGGAACUUGGUUGCGUGCGCGGAAGCCGAUUGAAAUUGCCGCGUGCUUUUGCAGGGUCUAGCCAAUUCUCCACAGUGGGUGUUGGAGCUUCUCCUGUAGCUGAAGAGAUGGCUGUCAAAGAGGCUCCCAAGGAGAUCUUUUUGAAGGAUUACAAGCCCACUGGCUAUCACUUUGACACUACUAAGUGGAUGCUGCUUUCGUUUUGUCCACCUUCUAUCCAGGUCGAGCUGAAAUUUGUUCUGUCUGAGAAAAAGACAACCGUGGUGUCUAAGAUCCGGGUUUUGCCGAGAAACUCAAGUGAAAGCCCGCCAUUGGUUUUGGAUGGUCGUGACGUGAACUUCUCUUUGUUAAAAUCAACGGCAAAGAACAGAAGCUGGAAGAAGUUGAUUUGACCAGCCGUCAUCUGACGUUGAAGUCACUUCCUGUUCAGCCUUUUGAUUUAGAGAUUGGCUCUGAGAUACACCCGGAGACUAACUUGUCUCUCGAAGGGCUCUACAAGUCUUCCAGCGGCAUGUUUUGUACACAAUGCGAAGCUGAAGGUUUUAGAAAGAUAACCUUUUACCAGGAUCGGCCAGACGUUAUGGCAAAGUUCACUACCAGGAUAGAAGCGGACAAAGCACAGUAUCCCGUUCUUUUGUCGAAUGGCAACCUUAUAGACUCCGGAGACCUCGAGAAUGGAUUUCAUUAUGCUGUGUGGGAGGAUCCUUUCAAAAAGCCUUGCUACCUCUUUGCCUUGGUAGCGGGGCAACUCACGUCCAGAGACGAUACUUUUGAAACGCGUUCAGGAAGGGAUGUUCAACUGAGGAUUUGGACUCCUGCACAAGACGUCCCAAAGACAGAGCAUGCUAUGCAUGCUCUCAAGCUUUCAAUGAAGUGGGAUGAGGAUGUGUAUGUGUUGGAGUAUGAUCUUGACCUGUUUAACAUUGUCGCUGUUCCCGAUUUCAACAUGGGUGCUAUGGAGAACAAGAGCUUGAAUAUAUUCAACUCGAAACUUGUUCUGGCAUCUGCUGAAACUGCUACAGAUGUUGACUACGCGGCAAUUUUGGGUGUGAUCGGUCAUGAGUACUUCCACAAUUGGACUGGGAAUAGGGUGACAUACCAGAUCGAGUAUGAAGGAGUUGUGAACCUUAUCUCGGCAGCCAAGAACCAAGAACAAGUGAAAAAGUUUAUACUGGUUACGUCGAUAGGAGUCUCGUCAUUCCUCCAGAUAAUCUCCAUUCUGUGGUGGAAAAGGCAGGCAGAGCUUGCAUUGCAACGCUCAGGGCUUGAGUACACUAUCGUAAGGCCUGCUGGUCUACGAGAGAACGCACCCGCUGAUGAGGCUCUCGUCAUGAGGCCAGCCGACUCGCUCUUCAUAGGUGGUAUCAGUCGAUUGAAGGUCGCGGAAGUUUGCGUGGAAGCGAUCCUGAAGCCUCAGAGAAAAUCGUGGAGAUAUGCGCGGGUGACGACUAUUCUCGCGAAUUUGAUCACUGCCAAAGUAAAUCCUCGGUCUUUCAUAUUAGCAAAUUUCACAAACACUUGCAUUCAUUUGUCACAUGCUUCGAGGUUGGGCACCACAAGAUUAUAAACGAUGGAUAGAUAAUAUCCUUGAGCAACAAAUAUCGUGGGAAGCUUUUGCAAAUCCCUCAAAACAUAAACAACUAGAUCGUUCCUCCUA